CGUCAUCAGGAACCAACUGAAUUUUCAUGAGCUGAGACUUCUGUUUUUGUGGCUUCCAGCUGAAGCUGUAUAGUUAAAGUAACUUAGUGUUUUAUUGCUCCAUUUUAAUCAAAUAUGUGUGAUUUUCCUUCAGCGUUUUGAGAGGAAUCGGAGUGUGUGUGUUCGGCUGAAACUGAUGCUGAGAAUGAAACUCGGGCUGUGUUUUCUGCUGGUUUCUGUCAGUCGAGUCGCGGCCAAACCUCCGAAUAUCGUGUUUAUUUUGGCGGAUGAUUUCGGCUGGAAUGAUGUGGGAUAUCACGGGUCUGAGAUCAAAACUCCUCAUCUGGACCGGCUGUCGGGUCAGGGGGUUCGGCUGGAGAAUUACUAUGUUCAGCCGCUUUGCACUCCAUCCCGAAACCAGCUGAUGACCGGCCGAUACCAGAUUCACACAGGUCUGCAGCACGAGAUCAUCUGGCCCUGUCAGCCGUACUGUGUUCCUCUGGACGAGAAGCUUCUUCCUGAGCUCCUGCGGGAUGCCGGCUACGCCACACACAUGGUGGGAAAGUGGCAUCUGGGAAUGUUCCGGAAGGACUGUCUACCCACCCGGCGAGGCUUCCAGACCUUCUUCGGAUACCUCACGGGUUCAGAGGAUUAUUUCACUCAUCACAGAUGUAGUCUGAUCGCUCCUUUGAACGUGACGCGCUGCGCUCUGGACCUGCGGGACGGGGAGGACCCGGCCGUCGGUUACACGGGCCGAUACUCCACAGAACUCUUCUCUCAGAGAGCCGAGGACAUCAUCACACGCCACGGGUCGGAGAAGCCGUUGUUCCUCUAUUUGGCGCUGCAGGCAGUUCACGCACCCCUCCAAGUGCCUGAGCGCUACGUCGCCCCCUACAGCUUCAUCAAGGACGCGCACCGGCGCAAGUACGCAGGCAUGGUGUCGGCGAUGGAUGAAGCCGUCGGGAACAUAAGCCGAGCUCUUCAGGACUCUGGGCUGUGGAACAACACCGUUCUCAUCUUCUCCACAGAUAAUGGUGGCCAAACCCUGACGGGGGGGAAUAACUGGCCUCUGCGUGGCAGGAAGUGGACACUCUGGGAGGGCGGAGUCAGGGGCGUGGGCUUUGUGACCGGGCCAAUGAUAGAGCAGCCAGGAAGUGUCAGUCGAGGGCUCAUCCAUGUCUCUGAUUGGCUGCCUACGAUCGUGGGUCUGGCUGGGGCAUCAACCAAUGGCACCAAACCUCUGGACGGCUUCAAUGUGUGGGACACAAUCAGUCGUGGUCAAGCUUCUCCUCGGGUUGAGCUUCUGCACAACAUCGACCCGUUGUUCGUGGACGACUCGCCAUGUCCAGGUGAUGAUGUAUCGGGGGAGUUCCUGCAGGACUCUUUACACUCGUCAGCAUCUCGACCCGUCGCACCCGGGUCGCGUUCAGAGUUUAAUAUCUCGGUUCAUGCCGCCAUUCGCUACAAGAACUGGAAGCUUCUGACGGGUUAUCCAGGUUGUCCUCUGUGGUUCGCGCCCCCUGCUGGUCAUGUGCUGAAGGCGUCGGAGCCGCUGAAGCCGGUGAUGCUGUUUAACAUCGAGACGGAUCCCGAGGAGCGAGUGGAGGUUUCCCAUCAGCACCCGGAGCUUGUGGCGUUCCUGCUUCGGCGCUUACAGGAGUACCAGAACCAGGCCCGACCCAUCGACUUCCCCCCCGAUGACCCCCGCUGUGACCCCGGGGCCGCUGGAGCCUGGGGACCCUGGCAAUGAAGAGGAGGAGAAGGAAUGUGUGUGUGUGUGUCUGUUUGGGCUCAUGUGAGUUUAAGUAUCUGGCUGUGAUGGUAUGUUCA